AUGAAUACUUGUAGGCAUGCUGCAGCUCAGGCUGAGGCUGAAGCUGACGACGCUAUGUCUAUUGAGAUUGUGCAGCAGCAGGUACCACAGGCUGGCGGUGUUGCAAUUGGUUGUGGCGGAACCACUGACAAGGAUUUGAAAGUUGAGCAGAAUGCUCAGAGAUUGCUGGGUACUGAGAGGCAGAUUGUUAUGUUAGUGGAAAUGUCCUUGAAGGGUCCUGCAAUGACAGAGGGUCACAGAGACAAAUUGCUGGUUUUGAAGAAAGGAGACAGGUCGGUAAACGAGUACACUACUGCGUUUGUGAGGCUGAGUCGUUUUGCCCCAGAUCUACAGACUGAGCAGCAGAGGGUGAACGACAGGUAUGUGAAGGGUUUAGGCGCUGAUUUUAUCAGUCUUCUGACUGAGCCGCACAAGGAAUUUCCUAUUGUAGUGGACAGUGCCCGUCGGAUGGAGACAAAUUUACUGCACUUUAUGAAAAUGACUGAGACAAAGAAGCUAUCAGUUCAAGCCUUCCCAGUACAAGAGUUCAGAAAGGGGGUGUUCGAAAAGGGUAUCAGCCGUAUUCUCACAGUUUUUGUUACAGUGGGAGUAGCCGUGGAUCUGGUCGUGGUUACAGUGGUACUUCUAACGUUCCGUUUUGUCAGAACUGCUGGCACAGACAUUCGGGAUAGUGCACAGUGGCACCAGUUUCGGCUGUGUAUUGACUACAGACAGCUGAACAAGGUUACUAUCAAGAACAGUUAUCCUCUUCCUCGUAUUGAUGAUUUGUUCGACCAGUUGGAGGGUGUUAAGUGCUUUUCAAAGAUUGAUUUGAGAUCCGGGUAUCAUCAACUUCGGAUUCGAGACGUCGAUGUGCCUAAGACUGCUUUCAGAACGCGGUAUGGGCAUUUCGAGUUUCUGGUCAUGUCUUUUGGGUUAACUAACGCACCAGCAGCGUUUAUGGAUAUGAUGAACCGGGCAUUCAAGCCGUUUCUGGAUCAGUUCGUUAUUGUGUUAAUUGAUGACAUACUGAUUUACUCUCGGAGUGAGGAGGAGCAUGCUUUCCACUUGAGAACGAUACUGCAGACUUUGCGUGAGCAUCAGCUGUAUGCUAAGUUCUCGAAGUGCGAAUUCUGGCUGGAUCAAGUUACUUUCUUAGGACACGUUGUGUCAAAGAAUGGGAUCAAGGAUUUCUCCAGAAUAUCUGCGCCGUUAACUAAACUGACACAGAAGGGUAAAGUUGUGUAA